AUGGAUGAGAAGAAUAUUCAAUUCCAUUUACAACUUUAUUAUUUCAGUUCAAAUGUUGACUGUUCCGAAGAGCAUACUCAUGCUAUUGUUCGACGAGAAAAGGACAAGAAGGUGGUUCUUGUUCCAUUGAACAAUUUCAUUAACUUUGGUAAAACAGUAAAAGUCAACGAAAUUGCCACAUACAAAGGAAUUAUCGAUUCUCGUAAAUCAGAUCGUGGCAAAGUUUUACUUUUUGGUACCGAGGAUUUAUGCGUUGAGCAGCUUGAAAUUUUACAAGAAGACACCAUCGAAGAAGAGCAUCUUCCGCAAAAACCACCAAAGAAAACGGAUUCAUUAACUACGAAUUUGAAUAAUAUCGACAUUGAAAACCAUUCGAUCAAGAUGCAUAAGAAAACUAGUAAUCCAAUUCAAGUGGCAAAUAAAGAAAACCAUGCGAUGAGUAAUUCUACAGGAUCAAAACGAUCAUUGAAAUCGAACGAAAUCGAUGACCAUCGAUCAAAAACGGCACCACGAAAAUGUAUGAAUUCGGCUACGAGCAAAACUCCUAGUGGAUCACCAACAUGUCAGGCGAAAAGAACAGUACAAGUUAAACGAAAGUUGUUCGAUAAUAGUGAUGAUGAGAAUGCUGAUGAUACUGAACUAUUGUCAACAACUAAAAAUACAUUCGAAGAAGGUGAAUAUUCCGACGUUCAAUAUUGUUCAGCCAAAUCCAAAUCGAAGGUCAUUCUUCUCGAUAAAUCAUCUCCGCGAGCAACACAAUCCAAGAAUCUUGUAAUUUCUCGUAGAAUUCUAACACCAAAUGAUUCAUCGAAUAAAAACCGAUUCGAUUCAAUCGUCACUCCAGUCAAUCCUAAGAGUGAUUCAAGCGAUACAAGUUCUGACGAAGGAGAUAUUUCGGAUUUCGUUACGAAAGAAAAGUUUAAUAAAUUGAAAACGAAGUUGCAAAACCAGAAGAACAAGGUUCUAGCACUCGAAAAGAAGAUUAAUUACUACAAAAAGAAUUACAUACGUACGUAUGGACUCAAUCAUAUUGAAUCUUUGUCACUUCAUAUUGUUUAUUUCAAUGGCACGAGCGAAUAUCCACACAGCUGCAUUUGA